CGGAGUGGAAGAAAAAUUCAAGUUUGCAGAAAAUCCCUGAAAACUAUACGACUAUUUUCAUCGCUUACUCGCGUCUCAUCUCAUGUGAAGACGAUUUUCUCUAUUGAUUUUUUCCUCAUUUUCUCUCUGUUUGUCUUUAGAGACGGUUCAGUGUAUUCUCCUUUCUUUCAUCACAUUUUCUUUUAACGCUUUUAACGCUAAAAAUAUACUCUUUUAUUCAUUCUCGCGAAAGACGAUCAAAAGAGUAAACAAUUCUCUCGUUUUGUAUAGUCUUUUACAUUAAGUUUUCAUUCAGUUAUGAAGUAUUUGUUGGUUUUUGUCUCCUUUUUAUAUUAUUGUCAUAAUUUGGUUAAAUGUCAAAAAAGCACAGAAAAUGUCAAAAUAGAUGUCUAUUAUGAGACCCUAUGCCCGGACUCUAUUCAAUUCAUUCGUCAAAAGCUAUUUCCCGUGUUUGGUAAGAUCGGCGAAAUAAUGGACAUUAAUCUCAUCCCAUAUGGAAAGGCAGAGCACACACAAUACAGAGAAGACGUGGAGAUCUACUGUCAUCACGGGUCCAAAGAGUGUGAGGGAAAUACCAUACAGUCGUGUGCUAUUAAAUAUUUGGACAAUAAUAUGACAAUUGUGUUGCCAUUCGUUAAUUGUAUGGAAAAUCGGUUCUACGGGCGCUAUAGACCUCAUAUCAGCACAAUUGCCAACGAGUGUGCGAUAAAUCACGGCAUAAAUUACACACAAAUCCAAAGCUGUUCGUCAAGUCUUGAGGGGAAGAGAUUGCACAUCAAGAACGGCGAGAAAACUCAACGUCUUUCACCAAAGCUCACUUUUGUGCCCUGG